UAAUGAGGUUUCUUUCUAAUAUUCAUAGCUUAAAAAUGUAAGUGCAAAUAUAAGCUAGCAAUGGGUUGUGAUAUCAGUAAGGGCUGUUUUAAAGAAAUAAAUAACACUAAACAAAACAGUUCAAUAUUAGAUCGCGUAAUUAGUCAAGCAUCAAGUCACGAUCAGUGUUUGCUGUACAAAUUUGCCAAUUAUAAAAAAGGUGGUGAAUUAAUUGAUGCUUACACUUCUGGGGGCCAAGCUAAAGUAGAACAAUUGAUUAAAGAACGAUUUGGCCAGUUAAUGUAUCAAAAUGGUAACGGACAAAUUAUAAACAGAGCCGAGUACCUCAGGUGGAUAUUUAGUGACUGUGAACAGGUAACUUUACCUAUUGAGGCAUCGUUAAAUCAUAAUGAUCCAUUAGCAAAAUGGGCAGACCACGAAGCAUGCUGGCAAAUGCAAUAUAGAGGAUCAUUGGGAGAAACCCUUGUACAUGUCCUUAUCAUUUGUGAUACUAAAAUCCACACUCGUUUAGCGCGUACUUUGAUUAAAUGUUUUCCUAAACUUGCAAUUGACGUUAUAGAAGGUGAAGAAUAUCUGGGGGCCAGCGCUUUGCACUUGGCUAUUGCUUAUGAUAAUAGUGAACUCGUCCAAGAUUUGGUAGAGGCAGGUGCUAAUGUUAAUCAAAGAGCAAUAGGAAGUUUCUUUUUGCCCCGUGAUCAGCAACGUGCAAAACCAGCUAGACAUACUGAUUAUGAAGGCUUAGCGUACCUUGGAGAAUAUCCACUUGCUUGGUCGGCAUGUUGCGCAAACGAAAGUGUCUAUAAUCUUUUGCUAGAUAACGGGGCUAAUCCGGAUUACCAGGAUACUUACGGCAACAUGGUUCUUCACAUGGUAGUAGUUUGUGAUAAAUUGGACAUGUUCGGUUAUGCUCUCAGGCAUCCUAAACUGCCAGCUAGCAAUGGAAUAACAAACUCCAGUGGACUCACUCCUCUGACGCUGGCCUGCAAGUUAGGUCGUGCAGAAGUUUUUCGGGAAAUGUUAGAGUUAUCAGCAAAAGAGUUCUGGAGAUAUAGCAACAUAACAUGCUCUGCGUAUACUUUGAAUGCUCUCGAUACUAUUUUACCUGAUGGACGGACAAAUUGGAAUUCUGCCCUUUUUAUUAUUCUCAAUGGAACAAAAGAGGAACAUCUUGAUAUGUUGGAUGGUGGUAUAAUACAGAGACUACUAGAAGAAAAGUGGAAAGCUUUCGCAAGGAACCAAUUUUUGAAACGUCUUUUAAUACUGCUAGUUCAUUUAUUGCUCUUAUCAUCCGCUGUGUAUCUAAGGCCUGAAGACUCGGACGAACCGCUUUUGCAAUGGCAAGACGAUUUUCAACUUUUUGUCAGAUACAGUUGUGAAAUUGGCACUGUCCUCGGUGUACUCAGUUAUGUCAUUCUUCAACAAGGCGACGAAAUAAAAAAUCAAGGAUUUUGGACAUUUCUUAAACAUCAAUCUAAUUCACCGGCAAAAGCGAUAUUUUUAGUGUCAAAUCUUCUAAUAUUGGCAUGCAUACCUUAUCGAAUUCUGGGCGAUAGAGAAACGGAAGAAGCGAUUCUGGCUUUCGCCGUUCCUGGAUCAUGGUUUCUGUUGAUGUUUUUUGCAGGUGCCGUUCGCUUAACCGGGCCUUUUGUAACAAUGAUUUACAGCAUGAUUACGGGAGAUAUGCUUACAUUUGGAAUCAUAUACACUAUUGUGCUUUUUGGAUUCUCUCAAUCCUUUUAUUUUCUUUACAAAGGAUUUCCUAAUACACAAAAUACUCUUUACCACAACUAUCCUUCCACGUGGAUGGCUUUGUUUCAAAUAACCAUGGGUAGUUACGAUUAUGGAGAACUGGCUAAAAUUGCGUAUCCUAAAUUAAGCAAGUCUGUGUUUGCUAUUUUUAUGGUUUUUGUGCCAAUACUUUUAUUAAAUAUGUUAAUUGCAAUGAUGGGUAACACUUAUGCACAUGUAAUAGAGCAGAGCGAAAAGGAGUGGAUGAAACAAUGGGCAAAAAUAGUAGUUACAUUAGAAAGGGCAAUUUCACAGUCUGAUGCUAAAAAUUACCUCGAUGAGUACAGCAUUUCACUUGGUGCGAGUGAAGAUCCCAGUACUGAACAACGCGGUGUAAUGGUUAUUAAAACCAAAAGUAAAACUAGAGCUAAACAAAGAAAAGGUGCUGUUGCGAACUGGAAGAGACUUGGUAAAGUGACUAUUAAUGCUCUCAAGAAAAAAGGUCUCACUGGGGAAGAAUUAAGAUGCAUAAUGUGGGGAAGAGAGUCAAUAAAUACACCCGUUAGAAAUCGAAAUCCCAAAAGUACAAUCAGAGGAUCUCAAGUUCCAAAUAUUACCGAGGCAUUUGGAGAAACCGUCUCGGCCGCACUGGACUUGACAAGUUUUGCACACAACAUUCAAUUCCGAAAAACUGACGAAAUAUGUGAAGCAAUAAUACGAGAACAUCAGGAUAAACCUAAAGAAAAAGAUAAUGGUGUAAAAGAAACACAAUUUGAAACAGCAGCAUCACAGCAAUUCGCAUCCACGUUACCUAGUACACCCAGUGAAAAGUCAAAUGUUUUCGAUCAAUUGACAGAUAAAAUUACACCUAAAGAAGAUGAUCCUGGGAAGAAACAAUUUUCACCUUUCGAGUUUAAGCCGGUAGCUCUGACGGAAUUUUAUGACGAUCCUCUACGGGAAUUGGUUCUCAAUUCUAGGAGUCAAGAGGCCGAAGAAAAAACCUUGAACACUCUGGCUAUUCAAGCUGCAAAUUUAUCUAAUGUCAACGAAUUAGCACUGUUAGAAAGCAAUAAGCAAAACGAGACAAAUAAUCUAAUCAAUCUAUUUUCAUUUUCGCCUUCACAGCCUCCUCCCCAAACAGAGAAAACUUUGGUCGAAUUAUAUUUAAAUAAAAGUUAUGAUCAUAUAGAAAAGCCGCUGCUUGGAUCAAUUUCUCGAUCAUUGAGAAGUAAAUCGGUUUACUGUAGAAAAAUGUGUAACAAAAUUCGUUCUGAAGAGAGUUCUUAUAAAUACGUACGUAAGAGUCUUGAAGAUGCCAUCAGUGAAAGUUCUCAACAAGAAUUGGAUUACAUCGAAAGACAGAUAAGACAAGUGAAUGGUCACUGCAAGCAAAACGAAGAAGGUCCUAUUGAAAGUGGCUUCUUACCCGAUGGACACAAACAAAAUAUCAUCAGAUUUUUUUAUUUUAGGGAGAAUGUCUCGGCGGUGCUGGAAAAAAUACCGGAAAUCCAGUCAGAGCAGUCUGUUGACCCUUUAGAAGCGUGGAGCGUAAAAGAAAUAACAAAUAUGAGUAAAAUAUUAUCCUGUAAAAAAGACAUCACGACCACAUUAGAUAAAUAAAGCAUCUUCCGUCAUGUAACCGUCAUAUCUAUAAAAAGAUAAAAUCUGUGACGGCCACAUUUUAUAUAUACACAUACAGUAAGAAGUAGAUCUUUUUCUACUAUAUAUAUUGUAGAUCUUCUUAUAUUAUAUAUGUAUGUAUUGUAUUAU